CUUUUUGUUGGACCUUGUAUAUUGGCCAUCAUUGUCUUCGUUUGUUUGCUUUGGGCUUCUUGACCAACGUCCUUGGCAUCUGUACGGUCUGAAUUGCGUGUAGCCUAGGCAAAACAACGCGACCGGCGCGUGUACCUAGGUCCCGAGCCAUCUUAAAGGGCGCUUCGCUUUACGGAGUACGUAGCUGAAAACGAAAACGGGCCUUGGAAAUUGUGUCGCGCAUAUUCCCCAAUGUCAUCCGAGCCAGACAGAGACACAGAGCGUCGGCCCCACAGCUUGCAGGAUGCGACGAAGCAUCUUGAGGCAGUUGCGUUUGUGCCUUCCAAACAACGGUACACAGAUGCCGGGGAACUGGGCAAAAUCAUCGCUUCGCACGCGUAUGAAAGCGGGAUCCCUUCGGGGACUCUUGAGCGCUUGAUAAAGACCCUCACUGCCAGAAGUCAACUGGAUCAAGGCACAAUUACCACCCUGAUCAAGAAUCUGUAUCCCUCAGAGAGGGUGCCAUCUAAGAUCGUCACGCAGGUUGUGUGCUGUCUUGGUCCAAGCAAGACCAAACCAGCACCGGCAACACAGGCUUUGUUAUUGCGCUGGCUCAUUCUGGUUCAUGACUUCCUCGAUGAGAAGGCUCACUUAUCGAAACUCUAUGCGGUGCUGUUCAACUAUCUUGAUAUGAUCAGCCUGCGGAAGCCAUUGUGUCAUUUACUUUCCCUCGUCACCAGACGGAAACACGUGAAGCCUUUCAGAAUUCAAUCACUCAUGGAACUGGUCGCCAAUUCUGGUGGGGAUGAGAAGGAGCUAGUCACACUACUGAAGACUUUCAAAAACUACUGCCCCGAUGUUAUUGUUGGAGACCUGGGUGUCUCUGGCAGGAAGAUGCUAUAUUUCAAGCACCCAGACCCCGAGUGGUCCGGCCAUGUGAGGCAUCUCCAUGAUACCAAUUUGGAAAGAACGCAAGCGGUUCAGCCUUCAACGUUCCAGGCGGUCCAUCGUGGAUUGACGAAGAGGAGCAAAUUGGAGGUGAUCGUACCGGUUGUUCAGACUUCCCGGGUCUCGUAUAACCACACGUCCUUGGAAGAAUUGCGGGAUGUCGGCCACUUUGUCGAGAAGUUGGACAAGAUCGAGCUACCUAACCAAAUUAUCUCUACUCUUGGAGAUAGCAUGGCCCAAAAAUACAUUUUUUUGGCCCAGCCAGAAGCCGCAAUUCGUCGGUUGGAUGAUUGGCUCAAUGCCUUUCUUGUCGACAAAAUGGAGAGUGCCCAGGAUGACGAGGACGACGACGACGAGAACGAGUCCUUAGGAUACGUACUGAGUCUCUUGGUCGAUUAUGUUCGAUACACAAAGGAGAUGUCCCCGACGAUCACUUCGUUCUUGAAGACCUAUCUGGGUUUCUGGAAAGGCAGAGACCACAGAGAACAAGUUUUCGCUCUCCUUGAAUAUCUUCCCGUGGGCGAGUAUGAUUCUAUACGAACCGAGUUCUUGACACGGUUGGAGGCGGCGGUGCUACACAAUAUGCCCCCAUCACAGAGCCAUUUGCUUGGUUUUUACACCUCUCUAAUACGUCAAUGGGGAGUCGACCUGAGAGCGCGGCCGUUUUCCUUGGAGGAAUCGAAGCCCCUUACUCGUCUUAUCUCACAUGCAGAGCUUUUGGCAUUGUCAGUGCUUGAAUGCCCACCAACACUGCCGCAGCCCAAGAGUACCGGAGAGGAGAGUUCAAAACCAAUUACAUUGUCGGUUCUCGAGCUUUAUUGCGUCCUAGGCGAACUCUUUUCCCAUGCGGCUCUGAACGGCAGCAUCCGCCUCACGAUUCCAUUGGCUCCUACGGUCUACUCCCUCGUUUUAACACCAAUAAGCUCCGUGAUUUCCAUCUUCAGCUCGGUCCUUGCCAACUACAAAUCAUCCUUUGAAGCCUCGCUGACUUCUAAGGCACUUCAAACCCCGUCGUCUACUGAUUCCUUGUAUCCUACACAGCUCGUGGGUCAAUUCAACGGUUAUAUCAUGGACAUUUGCAACCUGGUUUGGCGAAAUCGAGGGUUCAACUUGGAUGAUCCGAAUGCGCUGGGGUGCUUGAUGCCGGCCCCCACCACCAAUGCGCUGGCAAAGUAUAUUCGAGAGGUGAAUGAUGCGUCCAAAGAACGCAACCCUGAGACUGCAUUCGUUUACAAUGUGGGUUCGGCAUCUUCACUUGGUCACCAUGUUGCCUUGUGCAACAUGUCCGCCGCAUGCUUUUCCGAUAUAGAGGAGAACAGCGUCAGCGAAGACCAGCCACGGCUGAACAGGCCCGUGACUCAGAAGGCACUGAGCGCUUUAGAGAAGGACGGCGGUAUUAAGAUAUCUUGGCAGGAAUACAGAAUAAAGAUGCUCGAUUGGCUAGAUACAACGGGAAGUGCUGGGAUCGGGAACUUGAUGCGCAGCACAAUGAAGGCACUGCGAAAGGAUUGAUGCCUGGGCCUAGAUGCUGGCUGGUUUACGUGCCAUAGAUUUUUAGC